AAAUACUAUAAUAAAGGCAUAUAAACGUUAUACUGCGAUUGUAACUUACGCAAGAAACGCAUAAACCUUAUAAAGAAUAACUGAAGUGAAAAUAGGAAUUAUUUAUAUAAACGAUUUCUGUCAAACUUAUCGAAAACGCAAACGCCUAAGAAUAUUGAUUAAAUCGCUGGCCUCUUCUAAGAAAACCUUAAUGUAUUUAAUGAAAACGAACUCAUAACAAAGAAACCUCAUAAUUCGAUCUAAACUUCAGAAUAUGAGAUAAAAAGCGACCAAAUUAAGGUCCCUGAUAUUGUUCCAAUAAAUAAUCGGGAUUGAUAUCCCAAAGUUUAUGGGAAGCAUUAUCUGCUGAUAGCAAGUUUAUUAGAUAUCUGACGUCAAAGCAGACAUUGUUUUGCCAGGCAAUUGAUUGUGACUCUAGUCAGUUCGGAUCCUGUUGAAGCUAAUUGCGAUGCAGCUAAAGAUCUACGGGCAAUGAAAUACAAUGCUGUAACAUCUUCAUGACGACAAGUUAUCCAAACCGAAAACAAUGAAAGAUGCUUCAAAGUCCUGUGUAACAGCAGUGAUAAUAAUACUAGCUGUGAUGCCGUCGCUGUCGGCCAGCGCUAUAGGGUGCCAGCUGGCGUGCAAGAAGUGCCGGAACCGCAGCGAACACCCGUCCAUUGUGACGGUGUACUGCGAGAUGUGCGACGAGUGCAGAGCCAAGCGGGACAAGCGCUUGAGGAUGGGAACCACGUUGAUGGAGGCUCCCACUUAUCAAGAGGUUAUAGAAGUAGAUGACCUGGCGGACUGUCCGACGGCGCCGCAGUGCUCGGCCGAGGAGACCACAACCUCCACAACAUCGACCACAACGAAGAAACCCUGCCCGCCUCCUCCCAAAUGCGUGUUGAAGAAACCCCCGCCCCCGCCACCCCCGCCACCAUGCAUGGGUCCCAUGUCAUGUGUCCCAUGCAUGCCGCCGUGCCCGAUGCCGAUGCCGAUGUGGCCGGGGUUCCCGUUCCCGCCGUCACCGCCGACCGCAUCGGGCGCCUCGGCCGCGACAACUGCGGCCGCUCAGGAUGCUACCACAAAAGGGGCGGCCUCUACAACUGGAUCAUCCACGAACGACGCAGCCAAUUCAGACUAUUUGUCUGUCUUUGUCGGGAUACCGAAAGACAUGCAGCUGGACGGCUUGGAAGAGGACGUUUAGACUCUUCAUGAAAAAUAAAUUAAAAUCAGAAAAUCCUGCUCAUUAGAACUUAUUAUAAAGUAAGAAGCUAGAAGAGAAAACAGACAGUAUGCAGUGUAGACUUUAACGAGAACAAUGAGAACGAGAAAUAUGUCUACCUGUGUGUGUAAAUAGGAUGUAUCUUACAUUGGUAUUAAUAUAAAAUGAAAAGUUUGUUCGUUUGUUAUUGCAGCAACAUGCACUGUGUCCAUGAUGGCUUCAACACAAACAUACGGCAAUGUAUGCACAGAUUGCUAGGCGUUGUCCUCAUUUAGACAAAACAUCGCGAUGCGAUGCAAAAAUGUAUAGUCGAAUACGUCUCUGUGUCCUGUAUAAUCGCUUUAACAAUCCACAACGCUAUCGUUGUCGCAUCGCAUUGGUCGCCAACUUUAUCUCAAUGAGGACGCGGGUUUAGGGUGUGUGUGCUCGCGUGUUUAUAAACGAGGCUUAAGAAUCUAAUUGUAGUAUUUUAUCAAGCACAAAUUAAUAUCAGCCAACAAUACCGAAAACUGGAACUAACAUCACAUUAUUUCCCUGUGCCUAGUAAUUAAUAAUACCAAUUAGUGCAGCUACAGGAAAAUCUCUAUUUGCGCAUUAUUUAAAUACGAAUUUAAAGUUUUUAUUAUAGAUGUUUUGUACGGUGUCAGUUGUAUAAUGUUAUUCAUUGUAAACAUAAAAUGAAAAUAUAAAUAAAUGGAAAUAAUAGUAGAAUGUCAUCAAAAAAACCUGUGAUGAACAAAAAAUAUUUUUCAAUGUAAUAUGUGAAAAUAAAAACAAUAGUAAUAUAUUUUUUGAAAAAAAAAUAGAUGUAUGUUGUACUAUGAAAAUAAGCAUGAUAAAUAAAUUCAAGCCGCGUAACAGUGACAGUAAAGGAUAUUAUACUUGUAAAAUACUUGUAAUAUUUAGACAUAAGCAUUAUUUGACAAAAUAAUUUUUACUUUUAAGUACAAUGUGUCAUUUCUUACGAAUAUAGGUAAUUUAUCGGCUUUUAUUUAGUUUAGCUAAGAUAAAUCAUAGAAAUAAAUAGAAUACAAAACACAUUCUCUUAUGUUUUAUCAAAAAAUGUACAAUAUGCUUCUACUUUAAUAUCACUCAUAAUCUUGCGCCAAAAACCCAAUUAUGCGCUGACCUGUCUCGGAGAUUUAAAUUGAUAUUUUAUUUUAAUGGAAGCCUAGAUAUCUAACUAUAUUGUCUACGAUUCCAAAAUGGCCGAUGGCGUCUUUAUGUUGAUGAUGGUAUUGAAGAUAAAAUGACUUCAGUGAAUCUCAACAAAACAUGUGUAAUUAGAUGGACGUAGGUUAAAUUUUAUCAAAGAAAGUAGAAUUUAAAUCCACUCGAAGUGCGUGGCCAAUAUUUUCGGUCGAAGCCGGGCUAGCAGCUAGUUCUUCGUAUAGACAAUACCAUUCAUCAUGCCCCCCACAUCACCCCAGUCAUGAAAUGUUACAAAGUAUACGCAGACUAUAACUAAAAUGGAAAACGGAUCGAAGAAACAUUUAAUUUCUCAUCCAAUACCACUCAAACUGAGUGGACAAACGAUCAUUUUGAUCAAUAAUAAACCACCAAAUGUAUUAGGUAGUUUCUAAAUAUUGCUAUCUCUCUCAUCCAUUUUCAAGGUUCCUUCCCAGCCACAGAGCGUCGGAACCUAAGGUCCGUUUUCUACUUUUUAUCACGAGCUUUGUUAUCUGUUAUCUAGUUAGAACAUUAUAUUUGGCAUUUGAUCUUCACCAGCUCCACACCAGUACAUCAGUUAAAUUGCUUACCUGUAACAAGAACAGAAACAAAAAUGAGUAUAGAAAAUCGAAGAAAAUAAAUAAGGAUAUUAAAACAUGUUUAUGACGAAAAUACAAUUGCUACUUUUCCCAACAUCCCACGUCCGUUACCGUUACCUAAAGGUAACUAUUGUAUAUUCUGUGGUGUAACCAUGUAAACAAUGAGACAACAUAAAAUAUAAUUUAAAACAUUGUUUGAGAUAAAACU